AAGCCCACAUUAUAUCAGCUCAGAAGUUCAGAAGUUCAGAGAAACAGCCCAUAUUUCACACAGGGCAUUUCGGUUCGGGGCAUUUCGGUCCGGCGGGAUCGAAACUCUCGCACCCGAGAGCCCUUUAUAUCCGCUAGGGUUUACGCGCAUUUUUGCUCCUCACUGCCGCGCCGCCACCCUCUACAGAUAAGGAAGAGGAGGAGGGCAGGAUGUCGCACCGUAAGUUCGAGCACCCGAGGCACGGCUCCCUCGGCUUCCUUCCCAGGAAGCGCUCCUCCCGUCACCGCGGCAAGGUGAAGUCAUUCCCUAGGGAUGACGCCAAGAAGCCUUGCCAUCUCACUGCCUUCCUUGGCUACAAGGCUGGCAUGACUCACAUUGUCCGUGAGGUUGAGAAGCCAGGAUCCAAACUCCAUAAGAAGGAAACUUGUGAGGCUGUUACCAUCAUUGAAACCCCUCCUCUUGUCAUUGUUGGGCUCGUGGCAUAUGUGAAGACUCCUCGUGGCCUCCGCACACUCAACUCUGUUUGGGCCCAACAUCUUAGCGAAGAAGUGAGGAGAAGGUUCUACAAGAACUGGUGCAAGAGCAAGAAGAAGGCUUUCACAAAGUAUGCUCUCAAAUAUGAAAAUGAUGCUGGCAAGAAGGAAAUUCAGCUGCAGCUUGAGAAGAUGAAGAAAUAUGCUUCUGUUAUCCGUGUCAUUGCUCAUACCCAGAUUAGGAAGAUGAAGGGUUUGAAGCAGAAGAAGGCUCACCUGAUGGAGAUUCAGGUCAAUGGUGGUACCAUUGCUGACAAGGUGGACUAUGGCUACAAAUUCUUUGAGAAAGAGGUCCCUGUUGAUGCUGUCUUCCAGAAGGAUGAGAUGAUUGACAUCAUUGGUGUGACCAAGGGGAAAGGUUAUGAGGGUGUGGUCACUCGUUGGGGUGUCACCCGGCUUCCCCGCAAGACCCACAGGGGUCUCCGCAAAGUUGCUUGUAUCGGUGCAUGGCAUCCGGCUAGGGUCUCCUAUACGGUUGCUCGUGCUGGUCAGAAUGGGUACCACCACCGCACUGAGAUGAACAAGAAGGUUUACAAGAUCGGCAAGGCUGGACAAGAGACCCACGAUGCCUCCACAGAGUUUGACAGGACUGAGAAGGACAUCACUCCCAUGGGUGGCUUCCCCCAUUAUGGUAUCGUGAAGGGUGACUACCUGAUGAUCAAGGGCUGCUGUGUGGGUCCAAAGAAGAGGGUGGUGACCCUCCGCCAGUCCCUCCUGAAGCAGACUUCCCGGCUGGCGCUGGAGGAGAUCAAGCUCAAGUUCAUCGACACAUCGUCCAAAUUUGGGCACGGUCGCUUCCAGACUACCGAUGAGAAGCAGAGGUUCUUUGGCAAGCUCAAGGCGUAAGGUGCUGCGGUGCAGCGAAGUCCCAUUUCUCAAAAUCAUCAAACUGUGAUACUUUUGUUUGUAACCUUGCUGUACCAAGUUUUGUAGCCAUGGUCCAGUCGUCUAUGGAUUGUUCCAUGCUUCAGAACUGCACUGUCUAUGUUUUGUGCUAUUUUGGUUGUUUAAUGCCCCAAUCAUUGCAUAUAGAUUCUAAUUGUUUUGGUGUUUGAUGAUCAAUAUAACUAUUUAUACUAA